AUGGGCUGCCAAAGCAGCAAGGGGGUCGUCCAACCCAAGCAGCGGAUCAAAAAUCAGCGAACCGCCAUGAUGGAGCUAGCCAGCCUGGACUCAGAUGCAUCUACCGACCUUGCCUCUGCUGACUACGCUACCGAGGCUUCCGAGGAGAAGGCGGCUCCAUCUUACCACGCGGGCCCCAGCACGAUUCGCGAAGAGAUCCCAGCAGAAAUCUCCGUACAGGCCAUCAGCUCCCACUUGGAAACCCCGGUGCCGCCGCCGGGCGACAUUUCUGAGUCCGUGGAGAUCCGACCAAGCUCUGCUGGGAGGAGCGCCACCAUCUUUUGCCAAUGCUGUAUGAUCGACUCGAGCGAUCCUGCAUGA